AUGGCCGACAACUACACAGAUCCCCUGCCCACCGAGGAUCCGGCCACCUCUAGCGAUGAGGAAACAAUCAAGGGCGACCAGGAUCAAGACCAUAUUGCUGAGAUACUUGAGGAAGAGAGACAAGAAGAUGCUGCCACUGCACCGCCUGAGAGCCACGGGCCUAUAGCCACUCGAUAUCGUCAAUUGCUGCGAGACCAAGAUGAUACUUCUGAUUCAGGGUCCGCCGAAGGGUUGCCCAGAAGAGUGGGCAGCCCAAUUGACUCGCUACUCUCUGUGCCCGACGACAGCCCUUCGGUCCAAGGCUCUGGUAUAAGCUCCCCUGGUAGCAGCAUCCUUCCUUCACUUGCUUCACGGCCGGGCCUUAGCAGUCCAACACCCUCCUUCCGGCCGUUCGAUAGACGAUUCCAAUCACGCAUAGCAUCGCCAUCUACAUUAUCACCACGACCAUCGUCUCCAGCUUUCUUGACCGGCCAUAGCCGAACCGGGUCCUUGAGCAGCCAGAUGCUCCUCGAUAAUGGCGAAACGGAUACCCCCUCUCCCCCCUGGGAAGUAGUUCGAUGGACAAGACUCAAGAAGUUGAACUCGCAGGCCUUCUCAGAAGCUGGAAAGCGCAACUUUGGGUUGCCUACAUGUAUUGCCGUUUCUGCUUCGAUAGUCCUGGGCACUUCCAAGGGCAUAAUCUUAAUGUUUGAUUACAACCAGAACCUGAAAAUGAUUAUUGGGCCUGGGACAAAAGCUGUUGAGUCGGGACCAAUCACCGCAAUCGCUAUUUCUGCUGACCAUACUACACUUGCUGGAGGUCACGCAAAUGGCAACAUCUUCACCUGGGACACUAGCAGGGCGUCGCGGCCAUUUCUAUCGAUACCUCACUUGGACCCAAACCAGCUCCAGAACAGGACGGUAGAUGGCCAUGUGCCUGAUGUUGCCAUUACCCACCUAGGAUUCUUGGGUACUCGACACACUGCUCUAGUUUCCGCUGAUGACAAGGGCAUGGCUUUUUCUCAUUUGGCGACAAGGGGUACUGGUGCCUUGGGAAGGACAGUCAAGACAGUGAGGAUCCUCGGACGUUACCCUCAUGCUCCGCCACCACCCGGAAAACCCCUAAAGCCCAGUACGGUCCUGGCAUUUGCACCUCUCCCACUCGGGAACGUAGAUCGCGCCACAGAUUCCAUGGGGCUAACAGCGAUGUUGACUCCGUAUCUCCUGGUCAUUGUGUCUACUACACCAGUAGCGCAGACACAACACAAAUCAGCACGGCCCAAAGAUGUUGCACCUCACAGCGCUAUGAGCGGUUGUCUGGCAUGGUUCCCAGCCGUCAAACUCAAGGUGCCAGAUCCAAGUACCGGUAACACCAUGUCCAAAGCCAAACUUGUAUACUGUUGGUCAAAUGUUUUGACUGUCCUUGACGUGGAUGAGAUUCCAACCGACAAGGACAAGCCACCGGCCCUCAAAUUCAAGGCAAGGAGCAGAUGGAAGUGCGAAGAAGCGAUCGUCGCCGUUCAAUGGCUUAGUCGCUCGGUCCUGACGGUCCUGACAAUUUCUCAACGGCUCAUCGUACUGGAGGAUCGAAGUAUGCGAAUGACGGAGGCUUUUGAUCUUAUUCACAAGCACAUCUAUCAUACCGACCUCUUUUCGAAACAGCUACACAGCCUGGUCGAACAGCUCGACGAAGAAGAUACAUCAAUGCAUGGCGUUGUCGCGGAUGCUUUCUACAUGAGUCUCAAGGCCUACAAGGGGCGCAUGUUUCUGAUGGGCUUCAACGAUGUAUCAAUUGGUGCCUUGUCAAACUGGGCUGACCGUCUCAUUGCAUUGAUGGAAAAUGGUGAUUAUGUUGGAGCGAUUCAGUUAGCAACUUCAUAUUACACCGGAGAUGCUGACAAGCUUACUGUCGGUCUGCCGGAGGACACAGAGCUGCGACACAAGAUGGUCCAUGAUAAAUUGGUCGAAAUCAUGAGUGCGUCCCUGAAGUAUGCCUUUGGUCAGAGACAAAAGAACCUUGCCUCUGCUGAUGACGGGCAUCUACAAGACUUAGCAGAGACUUGCUUUGUUGCUUGUAACAGUAUUGGCGACUUGGACUUUCUUUUUGACGAAAUGUGGGAGUGGUACGAAGAUGGCGAUGCCGAAGGCAUCUUUCUUGAGACAUUGGAACCAUAUAUUCUGGAUGCAACAAUCAAGAUCGUGCCGCCAACAGUUGUCAAGGCCAUGGUCACCCACUAUGUGAGCAAAGGCUGGGAAAGUCGACUCGAGGAGCUGAUCUGCCACAUGGAGACGGCGACACUCGACAUUGACGAGGUAACACUGCUUUGUAAGCAACAUGGUCUGUAUGAUGCUCUGAUUUAUGUAUGGAACCAGGCGCUCAGGGACUACGUUACGCCAAUGAUCGACCUGGUCACUCUUCUCAUACCCAUCACACAAGACAACAAUCCUGACUCCGGCACUCUUAUGAACGAUGAAAUUUUCGGUGUAAACGCACUGAAAAUGUUUCCAUAUCUGUCAUAUACUUUGACCGGAAGGGUAUACCCUACAGGAGAGAUCAUGGAUGACCAGACAGCUGCUCAGGCCAAAGCCGAGAUAUAUUGGUUCUUGUUCUCUGGCAAAAUCGUUGAGUGGCCCAAGGGCAGCAACAAAGUCUUUCGUACCAUGCCAAUCCAGAGCGAAGAACCAUCAUUCCCGUACCUACGUAUGAUCUUGAAGUUUGAUGCCCCAAGUUUCUUGAGUGCACUCAAUGAGGCUUUCGAAGACUCGUUUCUCAAUGAAUCUCAGGAGAAACACUUGAACGGAGGUACCGGCAAAGAUUUACCAGAAGAGCAAAUAUUUGGUCUCACGGUUGAUCGCCAAUACAUAAUCUCCAUUCUUCUGGAGAUUAUGAAUCCGGAUGACUUUGCGUCCGAGGAUACAAUCUACCUGGAUAUGUUUAUCGCGCGUAACUUGCCAAAGUUCCCGCAAUACCUGAUUUUGCCGGGAUCAAUCUUAAACAAGGUUGUCACCGGAUUAUGCAACUAUCCCGGUGCAGACCUCGCUGAUGAUGCUCAAUUGAGUGCCGAGUAUCUCCUUUCAAUACACCAUCCUCCAGAUAUGGAGCCAUUGAUGCCUUUGUUCAAGAAAGCUGGUUUCUUUCGCAUUCUCAAACGUAUCUACAGGAACGAUAAGCAAUACGGCAAACUCCUCGAGACAUAUUUUGAGGAUCCCGAAGACCAGGAAGAAGUCUUUGAUUGCAUUGGAGAAUGCCUUCGAGCUCAAAUUGGGGUUACGAAACGGCAGAUCCAGGAGGUCCAUCAAGUGAUCAAGCAGCACUCGAGGGAUCUCGUUGAGCUCAGCGCAGAUAAGGCGGCUCAAACUCUGGGCACGUAUGCCCCCGAGUUGCAUCAACAUGUCCUGACCUCUUUGUCUGAAAGCACUGAACUCCAAUACGAGUACUUAAAAACACUGCUGGAACCCGAAGACGAAGCACCCUUUGACGUCAAUGGGACAAUUGAUCAAGACUUCAUUGAACAAUAUGUUCAGCUCAUGUGUCAGUAUAAUCCUAUCCAUGUCUCGGACUACGUAAGCCUUGUCCAGGCUACAAACUUGAGACUUGAUAGAUUAUUGCCGACUAUGGAGGAGACCGGCGUCAUUGACGCGGCUGUCAUCCUCAUGGCUCGUGAAGGGCAGGUUUCUGACGCCAUGGACCGUUUGAUCAAGCAUCUCAACACUCUUGAAUCAGCGUUGCAGGGCCUCCUCGCUGGUUCUAAUGGGCAUGGCGAAGAGGCCAAUCUUCAAGAAGCUGCGGAAGAUCUCCUUCUCGGCCUGCAAAAGUAUACCCAUGUUGGCAUAUGGCUCUGUCAAGGGCAAAUGAAGACAUCAAAGAAGCUCACCUCUCUGCAGAGACGGCAAAGCUCACCUGCAAUCAAUGAUCUCAAUGCUGAGGAGAAGCUCUGGCUGAGCUUGAUAGACGCAACUGUGCAAAUCACCCGCAGGCUCACGUCUAUUGUGGCAUCGCCUCUCCAGAAGAACAAGAUUGCUGCUGCACAUGACUUUGAUGCGGAAAAACUGGUGGCACUGUUGCGAUCUUUGGUCCAACACACAUUUACUGCUCUACUUACCGCAACCUCGGCGCAAAGCGUCUCGCCGACAUCGUCUUCUCGCCUGCUUUCUACGUCAGGCGGUUCACUUACUUUCCUCAGGAUCUUGAAGGCCUUCCUCACUCAGGCGGCAGCUACAUCACCCAACUUGGCAGAUCUUCGCGCGGUGCUUUCUUCCAUAUUCUCAGCUUAUGCCUACGAAGAAUCCAUAUUGCGUCUCUCAAAUCGCCUACUGGAGCAGCAGCUCUUUGUAAAUGUCCAAUCUGCCGUACAGCUAAGACAGCGUGGAUGGCGACCCAAAGGUUCCACCUGUGAAGGAUGUGGGCGGAGAAUAUGGGGUCCAGGCGUACAAGGCAACGUUUUUGAGGCGUGGGAAGAAAAACAAGCCAUUGAAGAGAGGAAGAGAGAGAAGAAGAAGGCUGCAAAGGCUGCUAUUGGUGCGCCUGAAGAGAGGGGAGAUAAGGGCAAGGCACCUACGCCAAUCACCACACCACGAGAAUACUUUGAGUUCUUCGGGCCGAGGGAUCCGCUAAAGGACGCAGCUGACCGAGUGGCCGACGAUGAACUUGGGGGGUCAUCAAAUGAGCCAGUUGGCGGCGAGGGCCGGAGCAGGGAGCAAGCUCUUGGCCCACUAGUUGUGCUGGCUUGCAGGCACAUAUACCACCAAAGCUGCCUGGAUCUAUUACAGUCCCAGAAGGUAGACAAGCAUAGAACAGUGGAUGACUAUGGAAGGGAGAUCAAAGAGUAUAGAUGUCCUAUCGACGGAUAG